AUGGCUAAAAAGCUUAAACAAUACAUGUUGUAUCAUAGCAUUUUGCUCAUAGCUAAAUUAGAUCCUAUCAACAUAUCUUUGAAAAGCCUUCACUAUCAAAAAAAAAUCACAAGAUGGAAAGUGUUGCUUUUUGAAUAUAACAUAGCAUAUAUAAGUCAAAAAGUAAUCAAAAAAAGUGUCAUUGCAAAAUUCCUAGCAAAUAGGGCCGUUGAAGAUUAUGAGCCCAUGAAGUUUGAUUUCCCAAAUGAGGAAUUAAUGGCCAUUUUAGAAUCAAAAAAAGAUGAUGAUGAUGAUGAAGAAACAUGGUGGAUGUAUUUCAAUAGGGUUGCUAAUGCCAUGAAGCAUAGGAUUGAAGUAGUUUUGAUAUCUCUAACGGAGCACUACUAUCCUAUUACAGCAAGAUUAAAUUUCAACACCAAUAAUGUCGCUACGUAUGAAACUUGUAUCAUGGGGUUGCAUGCAAUUUUAGACAGGAAAAUUAAAAUAGUAAAGGUGUUUAGAGACUCAACUCUAGUCAUUUAUCAAUUGAAAGAAAAUCAGAUUGCAGAUGCUUUGGCUACCUUAGUCGUCAUGUAUCUAAACCAAACAACAGAAAAUAACAAUAGAGUCUUACGAAGAUUGGCCAUGGGAUUCUUUCUAGAUGGGGAAACUUUGUACAAGAGAGGCAAAGACCAAGUGUUACUCCAUUGUGUAAAUAUAUCUAAAGCUAAAAGAAUUGUUGAAGAGGUGCAUAAUGGUGUAUAUAAGGCACAUACAAAUGGGCAUAUAAUGGCGAGACAGGUUAUAUGA